GGAAGUACUUCUGGCGACUAACUCGAGAGAAGCAUCUGGUUUCUCUGCGUCCCGCUCAGAUCCAUCGCUUCUGGAGGGGUCUCCCAACAAAUCUGGACAGUGUGAUGCCGUUUAUGAAAGACCCCUAGACCACAAAAUAGUCUUUUUCAAAGGUCUUAAGUACUGGGUAUUUAAAGACAAUAUCGUUGAAGAAGGUUAUCCUCGUCCAAUCAGUGACUUUGGCCUACCCUUGGAAGGCGUGGAUGCAGCCUUUGUUUGGCUCCACAACGACAAAACCUACUUCUUCAAGGACAACCACUACUGGCGCUAUGAUGACCACCUUAGGCGUAUGGACCUGGGCUACCCUAAAGACAGCACGCUUUGGAAGGGGCUGCCAUCACAACUAGAUGACGCCAUGAGAUGGUCUGAUGGCUCGUCCUAUUUCUUCAAGGGGAAGGAGUACUGGCGAGUGCCAGGCAGCGACAUGGAGGCGGAGGCCGGAUACCCCCGCCUCAUCGCCAAGGACUGGCUGCUGUGCACCGAGAUGCAAUCGGACUCUCCGGACACAGAGCCCAAGAGCACGGAGACAAGAGUCAACGUGCACCAUCACCCAGACCAUGCAGAGAAUGGAUACGAGGUGUGCUCCUGCACCUCUGACACCGCCUCACCUUUGGGGCGCCCGCCCCUCCCCAUCUCCCCUCUGGCUGCUGCCACCACUCUGGACGUUGUCGCUGGCCCUCCGCUCUGA